CAGAAAGUCCGGCUAGAAGAUGCGAGCUGUUGGCCGAACCAAGGAAGAACCGGGGUUAUUUCAGUAAUUCCUACAGAGGGAAGCACACCGACCGUGUUGUGUGCGUCGAGGAAACAGCCAUGACCUGGAUGCAUCGGCCAUCAUCCCGACCGCAACCGUAGAGAUGGUCUAUGCGGCGCGAGCAUGACAGACGAGUCGCCACAAGCGAUGACAAACAUGUAAUCGAAUGCAUUCCGACAGCAGGACGCUUCGCUUCCGUCAUUUCUCUGUCCUUCUCUCCGUGUGGUGUGUAUGUUGACAGGGAUCAGGAUGAUUCCCCAGCUCCAUCGGUCGCCACGCCUCAGCAGUCUAUCGUCCAGGAGCUGCAGACCUUCAGCAUGUACUGGCAGGGCCACCGAGCGCACCGCAUGGCGGCAGGCCACACGCUGCCCGGUUCAUCGCCACCUGUGUCAGCGGCCCUGAGGGCCUUCGUGGACAGACUGGGGGAGCUGGGCUGCUCGUGGCUGGUGCAGGGCAGGACGGCCAAGGCGCUGUUCAAACAGGAGGUGGGUGGGUGGGUGCGGUCACACAGAGAUGAGUGAGCGAGUGGGUGAGGGUCAUCCAUCUGCAGAUAUGGGUUCUGUGUGCAUGUGUCGGUUGGUCGUUCAGAUGACGGUGCCUCCUCCUGCUGAUGGCGAUGGGGACAACACGCGGCCCUCUACAGAGAGGGAGCGGGAUCAGGUAUGCGACUCUCCAUCCAUCCAAUGAGCAUAUAAGCGCAUGUAUGGAUGUGGACGUGUGUGUGCGUGUGUUGGUCCGUCCGUCCUCCGUCAGAAGUACGAGAAGAUAUGGAGCACUUUGGCUACCAGCGAACGCGCCUACUGGGCGACGCGAAACGUGCAGAAGUUGAACACCUUGCACAGGUGAGCCGAGCCGUGUUAACAUAUACACAGCCCAAACGAGGAAGCGCGGUGCAUCCUCUGUGGUUGGUUGCGUAUGUGCAGCACUCUGGCUGAGGUAGGCUUGGAGCUACCGAGGCCGCCAGAACAGCAAUGGGCCGCAAAGGUGAGUGACUGAGUGAGUGAGUCUAGCCAGGCACACAGAGACCAUCAUUGUUAGUUAGCCAAGAUGAGCAGACGGCGCAUCCAUCCAUCCAUCCAUCCAGUACAUCCAUGUGGCCGUUGCUGGCUGUUGCUAUUGGUUGGUGGGUUGCUUGGUUGGUUGGUCCGAUCAGAUGAAUGAGCAGGGUAUCUUACCUCGUGGCACCGCACUCCCGCUGGACCAGCCCCACAUACUCAUCGAAGUGUAACCAAACACACACACACACGGCAGCGAUCGAGCCACAGAGCUCUUCACUCACAUGUGGAUGGAUGGAUGGAUGGGUCAGAUUCCGCCAUCUGCCCACUGCCGAGCAGGACCAGUGGCGUCAGAAGGCAAGCCAGCCACACACGCACACGCCUACCUCCACCAACAGACAGACAUGUGAGUGCACCAUCCGGUCUGUCUCUCUUUUACUGUUUGCUUCAGUACCUCCAACAAGGCGCGACGCUAGACUUCUAUAUGGGUGCGCUGGUGGAGUUCCUCACGACCGAGAAGGAGCUCGAGCGGCAGCCCACGCAGGCCCCCGCACCCGAGCCCGGACCGGUCGCUGCCCCUGCUGCCGGCCUCUCCCUGGACCCGUUUCAGCCCCCCACCCUCAAUAUGCUCGAUGAGGAAGAUGACCCCGACCGCAGCAGCCCAGACCCCUCGCACCUGCGCGGAUCCAUGGGGUUUGUAUCUGACGGUGGUGUUGGUUUGGCGGUCAAGAGAGAGCGGGGGGUGCCACAGCAGCAGGUUGAGGAGGAGGGGGAGGAGACCAAGAGGGUCAGGCGGGGGACGGCACCCAUGCACUGGGAGCAGUGGGAGCAGAGGCGGGCACAGGAGGUCGCGCCGAUCGUCGAGGCGAUCAGUUCGUCGAUGCAGCGGGACGUGGCGGAGCUGGUCCAGAGGCACUGGGUCACACAGGACCCCUUGGAGCAAGCAGAGCUGCUCAGGGCCAUAGCUCAGAAGAGGGCGCUGCAACAGGAGCUGGUCAAGUCCACCAUACCGGCCUUGCCGUGGGUGGGGGUGCGGCCGCCUCCUCCCCGCAGAGGGAACAACAAACGGGGGGUGCCCCCUGUCGGCCUGUUCGACGAAAUCCGCAUGUCGACGGGCGGGCCCAGCACCUACUCUCCGAUGCCACUGGCAACAGGCCACAUACUCUCGCCACCACAGAUGCCGCCACCCCCCCGACCCUUCGGCUCUGUCCGCUCUGUCGUCGGCUCGGCUGCAUGUACUGCUGCUGGUGCCCCCUUUGCUCGGCGGCCGCCGAUGCCCCGUCCGCCCCCCACCGCUCCGCUCAUCGCAAUGUCCAGCCCGCCCGCACAAGACCAGCGGGUGAGGCCCUCAUUCCCGCCACCUCCCUUUGAUUUGGGGUCUCGCGGAUCAUCGCCAGCUCAAAUGGCCGUGCCCGCCGGCCGUGGAGUGGAGAUGGCUGCUGGGACGGCUCCUAUUGCACAAGACGGUGAGGUGGAACAGGGCUGGGGCCAUGGGGAGGGUGAGGCGGGGCCACCUGCUGGCGAGGGCGGGGGCUUUGAGGAGAUGCCUCACUUCGUGGAUCCCCCCAGUCCUUCCGCGUCUGACGCACCCAUGAGCUCUUCUGCCGAGAGCGAUGAAGGUGACAACGGUGCUGGUGCUGCCGGUGUGGCGUCCACCAAGAAGGAGAAGGGCGUGGGACAGCCGCACGCACUGCCACCGCCAGCCCCUCUCCCACCCGCUCUCCCGCCUGCUGCAGCUCUUGACGAUGACGAGUAUGAGCGGCUCAUCAACCUGCCUGCAGACGACCCUUUCGGCUUGGGCAAGGAGGACGACAGACAGAUCGGCGGCUGCGUCUUCCCCGGCGACAGUCUCAUGCAGGAGGACGAUGACGACCCUCUACCACCUCUCCACCAGUGCUUCGGCGGCCACAGUAACGACACCGACAGUGACGAGGACAUGCCCAAGAAGCCUCCACCCACCCACUCGUCAGAGGCCACAUCAGCUCUACCAGCUCUACCGCCCGCAGCAGCAACAGAGGAGCCAGCCCCCGACCACCAGGCGGAGGAUGAGGCUGCGGCCAAGGAGGCAGACAGCUGGAUCGGACAGCUCAAGAAACCGCCCUCGCCCUCAGCGCAAGCCCCCCCUCCCCCUCUCCCUGUCGCAGCAAGCUCUCACACGGCGACGAGUGUGUGGCCCUCAUGCAGCCACAGCGAGUUCGGCGAUUUGUCUGAGGCGCGAUCACCGCCAGGUCAAGUGGAUGUGCCCUACGGGGAGGCGGUUGCUGGGACCGACCCCAAGGCACAAGAGGUGCGGCCCGACGGACGGCGGCCGGGCUUCGCCAGCCCUUCCGGGACGGAUUUUCUCGCCUCACCCUUCGAUGAGUUCCCGGACAUGACGCCGCGGAUCUUCGAGGCGGAGGGCGGCAAGGCAGCGUCCUUUGUCAUGCCCAAGACCAGCGACAGUCCGGCAGUCAAGACGUCAUCCCCGACUGCCGGUGAGAACCAUGAGGCUUCCAGUGGCGUUGGAGCUUCUGCGCCAGCGGCUGCCGACAACGGCGGCAUCAAGGACCUUUCGCCCGUCCCCGUCAGCAGAUCCCCUCUGCAUUUCCGCCCCAUCUUGCCAAGACAGGGGCCAAAACUAGAAGGGCCCGGUCCAUCGGCGCUGCCACAAUGCUUUGUCGGCCCCUUCUACCUGUACGCGCCGCCACAUCCGUCGAUGCAGAUAAGCGGCCUCCCUCCGCCCCACAGCACGUCAGUGCCUCCGCGGCUGCCUUGUCGGCAAGGUGGUGUGUCGGGCGCUGCUGGCCGCGGCACGGCGGGCAGGUCGAGGGGGCAGAUUGCGAUGCAACAAGCAGUGACAAGGCCGAGCGCUUGCCUGGAGCAAGAGUGAAGGUGUUUUCAGUGGUGGUGUGCCCUUUUCCAGUCUGGCUUAGCGGCGCCGGUCUGUAUAGACACCACACACUUUUCCAGUCGUGUCCAUCCACCGAACGAUGCGCAAUCGUACCACGCC